GUGCUGCUAACAAUGGAGCAAAAUAAGAUUAGAGAAAAACUUAGGGAAAUAAUGGAGGAACAAAUUGGGAUGCUGAAAUCAAGCAAGGAAGAACCACUAAGUAUCUCAGAAGCACCACCGCCAUCAGACACUGAUCAAAGAGCAGCAACAAAAUCAAAGGGUGGGGAGCAAGAAGAAGAAGAAGAUAAGCUUGAAGGAGGAGACAAUAAUGCAGCAGCCAGAGCAACUCAUGAGGACAAGGCAGCCAAAAUACAGAAACUGAGGAGUGGUUUCAGGAUAUGCAGACCACAAGGGUCCUUUCUGUGGCCAAACAUGGGCAUCUCUACCCCACCCUCAGCCACCCACCUCAUCCCUAUACCUCCUCAGCCUCAGCCUCAGCCUGGGUCUCCUGUCAAGCCUGCCUGUAGCUGAGAGGCUUUAUGCAAUGUGAGCUAUAAACCCUCUGCCUCUCCUCCUAUUUUUCUUCCACCUGGGGCCCCCCUCCAAUUCCAAGAGAAGUGUCACCGUCACCAACACACUCCUCAUCAACCUUAAGAGAAUUCAUUUCUUACAUUUGAGGUUCUAAGGUUUGAUUAUUUUUUUUUACUUAAUAUCGCUUGUGUAUAAAUAAAAAUAAACUAUGUAAUACAUAAUUUGCUCAUUGUUUUUGCAUUGGUUGUAUUUUAUUGUUUA